CACAUGGAAUGUUAUUUAAGAGAUCUGAAGGGCGUGAUUCCCAGAUAUGUGAACAGGGAGAGACUUGUGAGAGUCAGAGUAGCCCAGAAAGGCAGCAGGGAAACCAUCCAGUGGAGGGACAGGGUAAAUCCAGUCACAGAAGCAGAGGUGUGAAAAAACCCACAGAAACUGUUCAACAGAAAAUACCCCAUCAACAAGCACCCUCUACUUACAGUGAGUGUGCAUCUCUUAGUGAACAUCAAAGCACCCACACAGGAGAGAAGCCCUUCAAAUGCUCUGACUCUGGGAAAUGCUUCAGUCGACGUUCAUGCCUUAGUAGCGGUCAGAUAAUACAUAGAGGAGAGACACCCAAUAACUGCUCUGACUAUGGGAAAAGCUUCAUUCAGAGCUCAGACCUAAUUGAACAUCAUAGAAUCCACAGAAGAGAGAAACGCUUCAACUGCUCUGACUGUGAGAAAAGCUUCAGUAGGAUCUCACACCUCAUUACACAUCAGAGAAUCCACACAGGGGAGAAACCCUUUUACUGUGAGGACUGUGGGAAAAGCUUCAGUGCUCACUCAAAUCUUAUUAGACAUCAGAGAACCCAUACAGGAGAGAAACCUUUCAACUGCUCUGACUGUGAGAAAAGCUUCAGUAGGAUCUCACACCUUAUUACACAUAGGAGGAUCCACACAGGAGAAAAACCCUUCAGCUGCUCUGACUGUGGGAAAAAAUUCAGUGGACACUCAAGUCUUAUUAGACAUCAGCGAACCAAUACAGGAGAUAAACCUUUCCAUUGCUCAGACUGUGGGAAAAAGUUCACUAUGCAUUCAAAUCUUAUUAGUCAUGAGAGAAUCCACACUGGAGAGAAACCUUUCAGCUGCUCUGAUUGUGGGAAAAACUUCAGUGAGAGGUCACACCUUGUUAGACAUAGGCGCAUUCACACAGGGGAGAAACCUUUUUACUGCUCUGAUUGUGGGAAAAGCUUUACUGUGCACUCAAAUCUCAUUAGACAUCAGAGAACCCACACAGGAGAGAAACCCUUCAACUGCUCUGACUGUGGGAAAAGCUUCCGUACCAGCACACACCUCAUUAGGCACUGCAAAAUCCAUACAGGGGAGAAACCCUUUUACUGCUCUGACUGUGGGAAAAACUUCAGUAGUAGCUCACACCUUGUUAGACAUAGGAGAAUCCACACAAGGGAGAAACCCUUUGUCUGCUCUGAAUGUGGGGAAAGCUUCAGUCGGUGCAGAAAUCUUAAUAAUCAUCGUACAAUCCACACCAAACAGAAACCCAAUAACCUAAGUUCCCUUUAAGCUGUGAGGCUAUGUGGCUGUGCAGCAGCCUAUUAAGUGCCGUGCAAGCACUUAGGACUAUGGUGGGGAGAGAUGUCUCUACCCAUUGUUCUCAGCCCCAGCCCAGACUUGCCAUGGCAGGCAAACAGUUGGCUAUCUACAGCCCUCAGCCCUAUAACUGCCAUGUCAGAGAGAGGUGUCUCUAUUUCCUCACUCCUCACAGCAGCACCUGAGCUGAGGGAGAGAGCUGGUGGGACUCUUCUCUUCUCAAUGUAGCCUUUCACUGGCCUGCCUUUCAAACCCCUCCAUCCUUCACCCACCUCAGAAAUCCCACCCUUCCCCCAGCUGAAGCCCUUACCCUUCCACACCUCAAACUUCUAUCUCAGCCCUGAGCCCCUCAGCCCCAUCCCAGAGCCAGCCUUCACACCCCUGCUCCGUAGCUCUUUGCCAUAGCCCUGAGCCCCCUUCCCACAAUCCAAACCCCUGAGUCCCAGCCCUACUCCUACCACAUGAACUUUGUUCUGUGCACCAGUAUGGAGAUGAUGUGUCGCACAUUCCCUACAUAUUGGUGCCCCUAACAAAAUUCAUUCUGCAUACAUGUGGGAAAAAAUGGAUGGAACACUGUGUAUAAUUGCUCUGACUGAGAACAUUUUCAGUGAGCGGUCAGACUUUGUUAGACGUAGGAGAAUCCACACAGGAGAGAAACCCUUCAACUGCUCUGACUGAGAGAAAAGUUUCAGCAAAUACUCACACCCUAUUGAACUUCAGAGAGUUCUCACAAGACCAAACCCUUAUAAAUGCUCUGACUGCAGGCAAAGUUUUGAUCUGAGUGGAUAGCUCAUUGAUCAUCUGUCAGAAGAGGUUGCUUUACAGCCCAAGACUGGCGGUCCUCCACUAUAAA